CCAACCACAUAAAUUCCACUUCCAUUCUCCUCCUUCAAGAUCUCUCCUUUUGUCUCCCCACCUUUGCAAAAUUACACAGAUCUUUUUUCUAGUUGACAAAAUUGAAUCAUGGGGAAUUGCUGGACAUCUCAUGAUCCUCAUCCCAACAAAUACAUACCUUCAACUCCAGGGACAUCGGGAACUCACAGCAAGAACAUAUUAUCAAACACAAGCAGCAGUGUAGGAAGAAGUCAGUUUUCAGAAGCAUCAUCAAGCCCCAAAAUUGAAGAAUUACAAUCACAACAACCCAAUGGGCAGAUUUUGGAGUCCCCAAACUUGAGAGUCUUCACUUUUGCAGAGAUGAAGGCUGCCACCAGAAAUUUCAAGUCAGAUGCAGUUCUUGGUGAGGGAGGAUUUGGGAUAGUUUUCAAAGGUUGGGUGGAUGAGAAAACACUUCAGCCUUCAAAAGCUGGCACUGGAAUGAUGGUUGCUAUCAAGAAAUUGAACCCGGAAAAUGGGCAAGGAUUUCAAGAGUGGCAGUCGGAAGUGAAUUUUCUAGGUCGGCUUUCGCAUCCGAACCUCGUGAAGCUAUUAGGUUACUGUUGGGAAGACAAAGAACUACUCCUUGUUUAUGAGUUCAUGCAGAAAGGAAGUUUGGAGAAUCAUCUUUUCAGAAGGAGUGCGGGCAUUGAACCACUUUCUUGGGACAGAAGACUAAAAAUCGCUAUCGGAGCAGCCCGAGGCCUGGCCUUCUUACACAGUUCAGAAAAGAAAAUCAUCUACAGAGAUUUUAAGGCCUCAAAUAUAUUGCUUGAUGGGAGUUUCAAUGCAAAAAUCUCAGAUUUUGGCUUGGCGAAAUUGGGGCCAGUUGGUGGAGAAUCACAUGUUUCGACUAGGGUCAUGGGAACAUAUGGUUAUGCUGCUCCAGAAUACAUUGCAACAGGCCAUUUGUACGUGAAGAGCGAUGUGUAUGGAUUCGGCGUUGUCUUGCUUGAAAUUCUGACAGGGCUACGAGCACUUGAUCUGAAACGUCCCAAGGAACAACAACAACUUGUAGAAUGGGCUAAACCACUUCUACUGAACAAAAGAAAGCUGAAAACUAUUUUGGAUGUGCGGAUGGAAGGCCAAUAUGCCUUCAAGGCAGCAAUGCAGACAGCACAGAUUACUGAAAAAUGCUUAGCGCCGGACCCUAAAAGCAGGCCUUCCAUGAUAGAAAUCGUGGAGCAAUUGAAACAAAUUCGAGCAAUCAAGGAACAACCAAAACAAUCCAAACUUACAUCUGUGCAAGCCACUUUUACUUUUGGAGCCAAUAAACAGUCGAUUCGCCGUUCAUCGUAUGAUUCUAGGUUUCAUAGAUCUCAAUGAUAAAGUGUGAUAGUGAUACUUAAAGGUGUAUGUAUGUUGACGUUCAAACAUCAAAUUGAGAAUGUUUGAACAAUCACUUUUCUUUUUGUCAGUUUCCAUAUUGAUUUUUUAUUUAAUUGUAGCGAUUGAAUAUUGAAAUUCAUAACAAAUUUUGUUCUUGUAAUCACCAUUUGUGCUGAAUUAAAGAAUUGUUUGUUAAACCAUAC